CGCUACGAAAACGCUUGUUUACAUCUUAAAGCGCGAGGAAGGGAAGCACGUGCGUUUUAGCUUGGCGUAUGUGUGUUAAAGAUUGACGAUUCAUCUAUUGGAAGGGCAAUCAGGAGGAUAGUUCAUCAUGAAGUCGGGGCCCAAUAUUCUCAUUACAGGAACACCUGGUGUGGGCAAGUCAACACUAGCACAGCAACUAGCUGAGAGAUCAGGGCUAGAAUGGAUAAAUGUUGGAGACCUUGCAAAGAACAACAACUUUUUUGAUGGCUAUGAUGAGGAAAGAGGUUGUCCCAUCCUGAAUGAAGAUAAGGUUCUAGAUGAGAUGGAAGAUAUGAUGGAAGAGGGAGGAAAAAUUGUUGACUAUCAUGGCAGUGAAUUCUUCCCAGAAAGAUUCUUUGAUAUUGUCUUCGUGCUUAGAACUGACAACACUCUGCUGUAUGACCGACUUGCUGCCAGAGGAUACCAAGGAAAGAAAUUGGAAGAAAAUAUUGAAUGUGAGAUAAUGGCAGUUCUUCUGGAUGAAGCGAAAGAUAGUUAUGCAGAACAACUGGUCCAUGAGUUGUUUUCAAACACUCCAGAAGACAUGGAAAGUAAUUUAGAAAAAAUUAUAUUGUGGAUUGAAGCUUGGAAGAGGCAAAAUGGUGUUUGAAAUAAAAAAAAUAAAAUAGAUUUGUUAGGUACUUUUUAGUUUUAUUAAUUCUUUCAUAAUGUACAAUUCUAUAUUCAUACUAUGAACAAACCGCUUUUUAUGGCUUCAACACUGCAGUACAUUGCCACAAAAAAAACAUUUUUAGGAUUUCAUGUUGUCCAAGGGUCAUAAAUAUAUAAAUAACCUAUACAAUGAAAAUGUACUUCAGCACAAUUUAUCACUUAUGUAAAAGAGAGCCUAAAAGAAAAUAUCUGUCUGAAAUGCCCCAAUAAUGAAUUACAAUGUUAACACUAAUAAUGUAAAUGAAAGAAUUUAUUCAAGAAAAAACUUUUUCGACAUUCUUUAAAUUACAAUUUUACAGACCUUGCAUUACUGUACAGAAAUAACAGUUUUUCCUCUAGCAUGACCAUGGAUGACAUGAGCAUAUGCAUCUGGUGUAGCCUCAAAUGGGAAUACUUUAUCAAUUACUGGCCGAAUCUGUAAUAUAAAAUUAUUGGUGUUAGAAGAGUUUGGUUGUAAACUUAGAGUUAACUUUAUAAAAAAAAAAUCUUCAACUAGAUUCUGGUAUAAGUGUGUAUAAGGUAAUUAGGUGAAAAAGGAAGGAUAUGGUCAGAAAAUUAAGAUUCUCUGUAACUGUAAAUAAAAUGAUAGGAAAUUUAAUCUUUUCCAAAUGAAGAUGUAUCUAAUAUAAAUGUCAUAAACUAUUAUAAUGUCUUUGUUCAUAGAAAAAGAGAUUAAGUUUAACAGAUAUAUUGCAAUUGGAUUCCUUUGUUGUAACAUAUAAAAUAAUGAGAAUAAGCACAUAAUCCCUAUAUACUUUUUUGUAUUUUUCUACAAACUGUACAUUUACCUUGCUCUUUGACAUCAUAUUAGAUAUCUCCUUUAAAGCAAAUGGAUUUGGCAUGUAGAAAGCCCAUUUGUAUGCUCUUCCUUCUGACAGUGAUGUUACAUUUUGACAUGCUACUUGUUUCAGGCUCUGGAAAAAUUGGAACUAAUCAGUACACAUAAAGACAUAUAAAAUAUGUUAGGUGUAAGGAGAUACAUAAUCUAUGAUAUGAGUCUGAAACUAUUGUAAAAAUAAUGAAAAAAUUAACAGACUCACUUUUCACUAUAGUUUAUGUACAUAUGAAGCAACUGAGAUGAAUUAAAAUGAAAAUGUAAAUAAUGCAAAUUAUGUAUACAAAGAUAGGUCCAUUAAAAUACAGUUCAGAUACAGAAGAACUGGACAAAAUCUAUGGUUUACUAAAAUUAUGUUGAGUAUAUACAAACCUUGAUAAACCCAGGUAGUAUUCCCAGCUCAUCUGUAUUCCGCAGAAGUGGUGGUGACAAUGUUAUAUAAGAUGAUCCCAUCCAUGGCCGCAGUGCUUUAAGGUAAUCUAGAUCAUCAGGACCAGCUGCAUUAAUCACAACAUCAAACCUUGAGAAAAAUCUUUAUAUUAAAAUAAAGUUCAGCAAAACUACAUUGUUUUUAUUGGUUAGAUGAUUUAUAAGAGUACCCAUUCAUGUUGUACUUUAAAUCUAAUUUCAUUUUUACCCUUGAUCAGCAAUAAGCAAAUCCUUUGUUUCUGGGUUUCUGUAGUCUAGCACUUCCACUGCCCCCAGACUGGUUACCAAAUCUGAGGCAUCUUCACUACAAACAGCAACAACCUGUAAAAGCAUAUAUUUAUGUACUCCAAUACAAUAUUUAAUAAAAAUAUUCAGUCCAGUAUUCAAGAAUUCCUUGAUCUUACAAUAGCUAUCCUAUAAAAAAUUAUAUAUGACCUAACCUGAGCUCCCCAAACAGACAGCAUUUGGCACAUAAAUGACCCCACUCCUCCAGAUGCUCCAAGGAGUAAAACUCGUGUUCUUGGUGCUGUAUAUUCGGUUAUCAAUCCAGAUACAACCACAGUGCUCCAAGCUGUAAGACCUGCAUAUGGGAUGGAGGCUGCUUCUUCUGAAGUGAUGUUAGGUGGCCUACUGCAAACCUUGAGACAUUAAAUGAAAUGGGUAAUUAAGAAAACUGAAUUAAUGACAUUUUUUAAAAUAUAUUAAUUGUAUACAAUCCAUAAACAACAAACACGAUUGUGGUUUUCCUGAUAGUUAAUUUUUUCAUCUUAUUUCAAACUCCUUUGUAUCUUACAUUUGAUGCUGCAGCAACGACAUAUUCUGCAUGUGAACCUUGGCGUUGUGGACUAACCACACCCCAAACUUGAUCUCCAACAGCAACAUUCUUAACAGCUUUACCAAGGGCAACGACCUCACCAGAGAAAUCUCUUCCAACUGUCAUAAGAUAGAGAUAAUGCAAAAUACUAAAGUAAUAAAAUAUGUCAAAAAAGAAAAAAAAAAAAAGGAAUUAACAAAAUUAUAGAA